CCUGGCUGGCAUACACUAACUACUAUUUUCCUUUGCAUGGUGAAAGUUGCGAAUACAAAGAUUCAUUUGGAAGCAUGACUAAAAUUAGGUUUGAGAGGUAAUAUAUAAAACGAACUUGUGAGAUAUAGAAACAGAAGUUCUUUAUGGAGCAAUUAUUUCAAAUUUCAUUCUAUUAGUAAGUUUUUGACAUUUUGUAAUAUCAAAUUAAGACAAGUUAUAAGUCUUAAUUUGAUCAUUAGUUUAAAUUUUGUAUUUUUCAUUAGCCUUUUUUGGCUACGGUUAUACAAACUUCUGGAUUUUUUGAUAAAAAAAAAAAAAAAAAAACCCAAAGGCUAUAUGCAACAGUGCUAAUUUUUGGUCAUGGCGCAACAGGAAGAAGGAUGGCCUUUGGGAUUGCAGCCAUUAAAUUUGAGAAUAGGUUUGGGUAAUAGAAGCAGGGAUGGAUCAACUUCAUUCAACACUUCACUUAGUGACUCUCUUACUUCCUCCACAGAUUCUUCCUCAGAUUUGGACGCUGAGUCCACAGGGUCUUUUUUCCAUGAUAGGAGCACAACACUUGGAAGUCUUAUUGGUGUUAACAGCAUAAUUAAUCUCUCAAGAAGAUCAACAAGGGGAAUUAGACCAAAUGGUGUAAUGACAGAGGUACAAAAAAACAACUACAGGUCUAAAACAACAGCAUGGUGUUUCUCUUUGUGUCCAAGAAACAGCACAGAUGCUAAGAAUGUAAUGAUGAUAAGGAACAGUGACAGUAAUGCUCCAUCACUUGGUCAUUUUCUUGCAGUUGAAAGAAGAGCUGCUAAUGAACAUAAUAGAAGAAGCCACCACCAUAGUCCUUUGAUAUAUGGACCUGACGAAUUUGCAAUGGCAUUGCCUAAUAGAGACCAGAAUUCAUUGUUUGCCAAUGGCCAAAUUGCUCCACCUCAGUUGAGUCCAUGGUCAUCAGGUUCUGAUGAUAUUGAAAAUAGACAGAGGACCAACAGAGAAUUAGGAGCCCAUCAUGAUGCACAUGGACAAGGUGCUCCACUUUUGUUUCCAUGCAUGUGUGGAUGA